GUGGGGUUGAGCAUUAAGCUCUCAGCGCAAAUAUACCGAUGAGCCUCGCGAUACAAACGGCACCUUCGUCCGGCUACGAUCAGCGUACGGUCACGGUGGGAUCGACCCAAAUGGCGUGCGCUGCCCCCGAGGCCAACAUCAAGAAGGCGGAAACGUUGAUUCGAAUUGCCCAUCAACGUGGGGCUCAGAUUGUACUCUUGCAAGAGUUGUUCCAGCACACGUACUUCCCCAUCGAACUCUCGAGCCAAAACUUUCAUCUGGCCGAAACCCUCGAGUCGUCGGGCAUACUCCGCGGCAUGCAAUCACUCGCGAAAGAAUUGAAUGUCGUGCUGCCCGUUUCGUUCUUUGAGCGAUACAAAAACAGCUAUUACAACUCGGUUGCGGUGAUCGAUGCGGAUGGAUCGAUCCUUGGGGUCGUCCGUAAGGCCCACAUCUCAGAUCGAUUGGGGUACAAUGACAAGUAUUACUUCACGCCGAGCGACGACGCUGUCCCCGUCUUCCGCACGCGGUAUGCAACGAUCGGCGUUGGCAUUGGGUCGGACCAGUGGUAUCCCGAAUACGCUCGACUACUCGCCAUUAAGGGCGCGGAAAUCAUCUUUUACCCGAGUGCUUUGGGAAGCAACCAAUAUGAUGUGCAAUACGACCCCCGUGAUCAAUGGCAUCGUGUCAUGCAAGGCCAUGCCGCCGCCAGUAUGAUUCCGAUCGUCGUCUCGAACCGCGUGGGAACCGAGGAAAGCGAUGGCGUCCAAGUGACGUUCUGUGGCUCAUCGUUCAUCACAGGGAACACUGGCGAGCUGUUGAAGAUUGCUGACCGCGACUCGGAAGGCGUGUUGGUUGAUACGCUCCCCUUGGGAAAGUUCCACAUUCGCCGUGCAAGCUGGGGACUUCUUCGCGACCGCCGCCCGCAUCUGUACAAAGACCUUCUCACGCGCGACGGCGAGAACGCGUGAGGGUGCCGCGAUUCCACGGCAUGUGUGGUCGCAUUGUAUUGUUGUGAUUUCAUUGGCCAAAAUAAAAUUAUUUUCGAGCCAAUCAAAUGUCCCAUUGCAA